CCUAGCGGUCCUGCCCGGCGCCCCGCCCCGCCCCGGGCCUCCGCGCGCCCGGCGCCCGCCAGCUGUCUGCACUCAGGUGCGGGCACCUUCCGGCCGCAACAGUCCCGAGUGCCUGCCGCCGUUGGACCGUCAGCUUUGUCUGGAGCGGGUCGGUUAUGGUUGGAACUUUCCCUGCCCUUCGUUGACUGAGUGAACCAGCCAGAAAUACAUUCCCAGGAAAUGGCCUCUAAAUCUUGGCUGAAUUUUUUAGUCUUCCUCUGUGGAUCAGCAAUAGGAUUUUUUUUAUGUUCUCAACUCUUGAGUAUUUUGUUGCGAGAAGAGGCUGACAUUCAGUCUAACAUGCUUCACAAUGAUCCUCAUGCAAGACAUUCAGAUGAUAAUGGACACAGUCACCUCAAAGGACAGAUGAACUUCAACGCAGAUUCUAGCCAACAUAAAGAUGAGAACAUAGACGUUGCUGAGAACCUCUAUCAGAAAGUUAAAAUUCUUUGUUGGGUUAUGACAAGCCCUCAAAAUCUAGAGAAAAAGGCCAAACAUGUCAAAGCUACGUGGGCCCAGCGUUGUAAUAAAGUGUUAUUUAUGAGUUCGGAAGAAAAUCAAGACUUCCCUACCGUGGGAUUGAAAACCAAAGAAGGCAGAGAGCAACUGUAUUGGAAAACAAUUAAAGCCUUUCAGUAUGUACAUGACCAUUAUUUAGAAGAUGCUGACUGGUUUAUGAAAGCAGAUGACGACACAUAUGUCAUUGUAGACAACCUGAGAUGGCUUCUAUCAAAGUAUAACCCUGAACAACCCAUUUACUUUGGGCGAAGAUUUAAGCCCUAUGUGAAGCAGGGAUACAUGAGCGGAGGAGCGGGCUAUGUCCUAAGCAAGGAAGCCUUGAGAAGAUUUGUUAAUGCAUUUAAAACAGAAAAGUGUACACAUAGUUCCUCCAUUGAAGACUUAGCACUGGGAAGGUGCAUGGAAAUUAUAAAUGUAGAAGCUGGAGAUUCCAGAGAUACCAUUGGGAAAGAAACCUUCCAUCCAUUUGUACCAGAACACCACUUAAUCAAAGGUUAUCUACCAAAAACAUUUUGGUACUGGAAUUACAACUAUUAUCCUCCCAUAGAGGGUCCUGGUUGCUGUUCUGAUAUUGCAGUUUCUUUUCACUAUGUUGAUGCGACAACUAUGUAUGAAUUAGAAUACCUCGUUUAUCAUCUUCGUCCAUAUGGUUAUUUAUAUAGAUAUCAACCUGCCUUACCUGAGAAUAUACUAAAAGAAAUUAAUCAAGUAAACAAAAAGGAAGAUACAAAAAUAAAAUUAGGCAACCCCUGAAAGCAGAACAUAAGUGGACUGAGGAUAAAUGGUCUACAUUGCACUGAAGGACUCUGGCCUUUCUACGGAACACUGAAAUCCCAGUGAGGAACUCACCUGAAGUGAACAUUCCAUAUAGAAAUCUUUCAAAUGGAUGACUAUAAACUGAAGCAUUUAAAGAGCUGUGAAGUUUGCUAAAACGUGUUUUGAUACAGUAAUAUAUAAAUAUAAAUAAAUAUAUAUGAAGAAUUUGUGUUUUUAAAUGGUGACAGAAGAGCUAGAAAGACUCGUUCUGACUGUUCCCGACAGUGUAUGUUGUUAUCACUGCAGUUGGUGUGGUUAGUUUAUCGUCACCUUCUGCACCACCCCGGUUAGAACACAAUGCUGAACAGAUCUGCCUUAAAAAGAAAGAAAGAACUGUUGCUCAGUGUUGUUUCUCAGCUGAUGUGUAGAUGCUACAAACCAGCCUUCCAGUUGCCGAGUGAAAAUGUUCCUGGGAUUAUAUUAUAUAUUAUAUAUUAUAAUUGGCAGUGUUUCCUCAAGAAGAAUAAGAAGGGCACUUGCCCCAAAGUGCAGUAAUUAACCGCAUUUCCAAUUAUUAUGAGCCUUGACUCCAUUAGAUACUUAGUUCUAAAGAUAAUCAACCUGAUACCAAGUCCCCAUUGUCCCCUUUCGAAAUGUUUGACCCUGAAUACCAUUUUUCACUAUUAAUGCUAAUUUACUCAAAGCAUUGGCAGCAUUCUGUAAAUCAUGCAUUUUCAAAUAUUUUGUUCCCAGAUUCACCCAUUGUUAAUUGUAGGUAACAAUUAAAUUUAAUGCUGUUUGGACAAGCUUUUCUUGUAUUUGGUACCUCUCUCAGGAAUUAUUAUUUAGAAGUCUUUACCAACUAUAUAAUUGUUCCUUUUAUUUUCCAUCCUGUGGAGAUGAGACUUGUUUGUGCCUUUCAUAACUUGUUUAAAGCACUUUUAAAAUUAAUUUUUGUCUGAUGUGGCAGGUAACACUGGCAAAUAUUUUUGAAUGCAGCUUUUGGCCAGAAUUAAUUUAAAGCACGAUCAAGUAAAGGGUACUUAAACAAUCUAAGAUGUCAUAUAAAUAACACCCUAUUUCCUGCUGACUUCUUAUUUGGGGAUAACCUUGCCAGCAGUAAUUCCAACAGAACAGAAUCCCAUUCAGACGGCCAUGAGGAGCAACCUGUGUCACUCUGAUGUCACUGGCUGUUUAAAUAGAGUUUCUGAAAGGAUAGAACCUUACCUUGUUUUGGUCAUCAUCAAUACUGAAUGUAGAACAGAAUAUUUUACAGAUUUCCCAUAACAUUAUUUUUAAUUGUUAAUGAUUUAUAUUUCAUUAUGCUAAUUUUGCCUGAUUAGUUCGCCAUUGAGUCUAUAGCUUGGCUAAAUAAUAAAUAUAAAUAGUUUAUACUUACUGUGCCAAAACCAUAACCUUUAUAGAUGAUAUACUUGACAGGAUGUUUGUUUCAUUGACUAGUAUGGGUCACUCUGUCCCUGUAAUGAAAAUACAAAGUCAAAUUUACAGAUUUAACUUGGCUUACGUUCUUACCGUGGUGCCAUCUACCAGCAUCCUAGGCUUCCUGUCUGUGUUUUAUACGGCACUUUACCGUGGUUGGGAUAUGAAUUUGUCUCUAUUCCAUAUGUGCUUCUCUUCUCUACUAGCAGAGUAAAUGAUUUAUCCUAAUCAUCCAAAAUCCUUAACAUUUAUUCAUAGGAAAUGAACGCUGCAGUGAAUCCGGGCUGUAAAGCCAAGCAGCCUGGCUUUUAAGUUCCUCCUCCAUCACUGUUUAUGUAACCUUGAACAAUUUACUUAGUUUCUCUGUGCCUCCGUUUCCUCAUCUAUAAAUUAGGAAUAAUGAUACUACCUACCUCACAAGAUUUUAAUGAGGAUUAUAGAAAUGAAUAUACAUAAGGUUAUUAGAACACUGUCUGGCUCAGAAAAAGGCAUGAUUUUAAGUAUAAGGUUUUAUUCUGUUACCUUGGCGUAUAAAUAAUUUAAUGUAGAUAAAUGAAAUUAUCAAAUCAGAUCUGAAGGAAAUGUGUUGCACAUUUCCUAUAAUACAGAUUAUGUGGUAUUCAUCUAGUGCCUGCUGUAUGCCAGAUAUUGCUCUUAAUCUGUACACUUGUGUUAAUCCUCAAAAUUGGGUGUUAGUCCCAUACUGUAGGUGAGGAGACUGAGGCUAUUCAAGUAAUGUUUCCACUGUCACAAAACUAGAAGGCUGGGAUCUAUAAUCAGAACCUGUGUUUUGUUUGCAUUAUUGUUAGCCUUGGGGUUCGUCGUGUGAAUAUAUGAAUUUGUGGAGUAAUUACACACACAUGGAUGAAUAGUCCAUGACUUCUGGAGCUGCUGGCCAGUAAUAGUCAAAAUGCUCAAACAGCUAAAUGGGUAUGUUUAUUGUUAAACUGUGAUUCUCGUACUCCAACUAUACGUUUGUUGAGAUGGAGAGCUCAAGGUUUGAUUUUUAGCAUGGGACCCUAGAGUAUGCAUUCUUCCAAGAUACCUACUAGUGACUAAAGUAGCAUUACUGAGAACUUGUUGGAGCUUGUUCUUGUCUUCAACCCAGCCUGGACCUGUGUCAGAAACUCCAAGACAGGGCCUAGCACUUUGGUUUGAAAAGUAAUUUUACUAG